AGUAUGUAUUCCAUAAAUUAAUUUGUACUUACCCUUUUAUAUACAAUAAUACUGUAAUAAUAAUAAAGAAAGUCGCAUUAUGGUCGCCCUAGAGUGUUGAGUUAGACGCUGUACAAGUACGCCUUCCGGUGUUGGAAUGCGUAGUGUUCUUCUGAUCAUACUGGCACAGAUACUGUAGAGCUGGAGAUCGCUGAGCAGUUGUGCAGUCAUAAUCGGGGACUUGCCAGUUUUUCUUCACUGCUCAGCUUUGACGGACUCGACGCACUGGGCUUUGCUGCAUUUACUUCUGACUUACUGUACUAAUCUUUAUGAUCCCCUUACAAUGGAUUGCAGGCUGGUUAAUCCGGGAUUUCGACGGCUUUGGGUUGGCGCAGAGGGGAUCAGUUACCAAAAUACGGUAGCGGUGCGGGUGCAUACAGCUGGUACUGCCGGGCAGGAGGAGUGCUGGUUGGGAUACAUCCAGGAUAUUCGCGACGAGCACGUGCUGGUGGACUUUGCCAGCAGCCGGCCCGGGGCGGCUGCACGCUACAUCCACGCGUCACACGUGUGGCCGCUGCCGUUUCUGUCGCCGGAUCCGGAUCGGCCUUAUACGUCGGUAUUCGCGGCCCUCCGCGACCGCUACGACGAGCCGUUUCGCUUCCGGCCGGCCACUGCCUUGCAUUUCGAUUGGGAGUGCAAAAUGUGCUUCAUCAACCUGUCCGCGGCCGGAGCAGAUGCAGCAGCGGCGCCUGCAGCUGGUAAUGCUAAUGCGAUGGCCGUUGUCGACUGGUGUCAGAUAAUGAGCGAGCUGCCAUUCGGCCAACCACCGCUGCUGGCAAGAACGACCGGCCUGCUUUAUACCCGCCAUGAAAUCCUCCUGAAUAUGAAUAUUCAUGCCACGGCGCAAUGUGUUUUCAACAUACGCACAGCGGCCGACGCGUGCCAGUUGCUGGACAGCUUCCGGCAAGGGUACCGGGUGCAGCCGGCGGCGGCGCUGGCCGGGCGCGGGCCCGGGCCCGGGCCCGCGACGGAGGCGGAUGAGGCGGCCAUGGAGGAGAGUUGCCGCUUCCAUCUGCGCAUCGGGCCGGAUCCGCAGCGGUGCACGUUCAUUGUCGCCGGCAACCAGACCGACACCGCCAGCAUGGACCGGACAGCGGCAGCACUACACAAGAUACUGGAGCAGUAUGCUGCGUGCCGUGCCGGUCGCUUAUCAAGCCACACGACUACGACUUCGUCGCACCAGACUCUUCACAAUGAACGCUUCGCGCUGUCUGCAGGUGCGUCUGUUUUGCACCAAAUUAUAUUUAUACUUACAUCAGUUAUACAGUUCCUAUACAGUGGACGACAAAAAGAAGUUGAUAAGGCGCGACUAGCUGAACACUGGCCGGCCGAUUUCAACUUUUUUUCGUCCUCCAUUGUACGUACAAUUCUAUACAAAUCGUACGAGUAUACAUACGGUACAUGUGCAUAUCUGUAUGCGUAUCUAUACAGUACAUAA